CCAUUUUCCGCGUUUGAUGUGUUUAUGCGCGCCUGUACGCCCGAUCUGACCUGCUACCCACAGCACAUGGCACAUUGUGCAGAGAGGUGGAGAGAGGCGAUUGGAAUCCACAGCCGGAGUCCAUACUGCACAGAGAGAAGAAUGAGUUUGUGUCCAGCUGGAAGGCAUCAGGGAAGUGGAAGAUAAGGGAAAAAAAAUCCCAAGGAUUUGGAAAACUCACCUGAGAUCAUUCAUACUGGCGGCCACCAGACACAAGAUACUAAAAAUAAUGUUCCUGGAGAAGGAGGAAGAGAAAUAUUGCUGGGAAGCUACCCAUUUUUAUUAGCCACCAUUUACGGGACGCCAACUAUGUGCCAGGCUUCAAGUGGGCGGAUCUCCCUCCUGGUCUUCUCCUAGAUUGGCCGGGAGAAUUGACCAAUGGGAAGCCCUGGGAGGCGGAGCUAGGGCGCCAGAAGCUAGAGGAAGACCUGCAAAUUUCAAGUUGGCUGCGACGUGGGCUCCGCGUGGGGGAGGGGCAGCAGGUUUUUCUCACUGGAUCUGUGAAUACCCAGGCCCCCUCCACCAUGGCCAGUCGGGGUGGGGGCCGGGGUCGUGGCCGGGGCCAACUGACCUUCAACAUGGAGGCUGUGGGCAUUGGGAAGGGGGAUGCUCUUCCCCCACCCACCCUGCAGCCUUCUCCACUCUUCCCUCCCUUGGAGUUCCGCCCAGUGCCUCUGCCCUCAGGAGAGGAAGGGGAAUAUGUUCUGGCACUGAAGCAGGAGCUACGAGGGGCCAUGAGGCAGCUCCCCUACUUCAUCCGGCCAGCUGUCCCCAAGAGAGAUGUGGAGCGUUACUCAGACAAAUAUCAGAUGUCAGGGCCGAUUGACAAUGCCAUCGAUUGGAACCCUGAUUGGCGACGUUUACCCCGUGAGUUAAAGAUCCGAGUGCGGAAGCUACAAAAGGAACGGACCACCAUCCUAAUCCCCAAGAGGCCCCCCAAGAACACAGAAGAUAAGGAAGAAACAAUACAGAAACUGGAGACCCUGGAGAAGAAGGAGGAGGAAGUGACUUCAGAGGAAGAUGAAGAGAAAGAAGAAGAAGAAGAGAAGGAAGAGGAAGAAGAAGAGGAGUACGACGAAGAAGAACAUGAAGAGGAAACUGAUUACAUCAUGUCAUAUUUUGACAAUGGAGAGGACUUUGGGGGUGACAGUGAUGACAAUAUGGAUGAGGCUAUAUACUGAAGAAGGACCCUGAACAAUAUCUCAGACCUUCACAUCAAUCUUGAUUGAAGAUACAGAAGUAACGGUCGCUAUUACUUGGUUUUGUGGACAAGCAAAUCAUUUGCUUAGAGUCCAGAUAAACUGGCCCUGGAGAUAGGAAUGGAGAAUGAUGACAGAUAGUUCUCUUUUCCACCCUUCCCCUCCUUCUACCCUUGUGUCACCUCUGACAGCUUGGGGGGAGAGGGCAAAGGACCAAUGUCUUAAUUGUACGAAAGAAGGAAGGGUCAAAGAAGAACUGGGCUUUUAGAGCUGAGACAGCUGUACACGUGCCACUCCCCGCACUUUUUUGUAGUGGAAGAUAAUUGGGGGUGUAUGCAGUUAGGAGGAGUAAGGCCAGUUUUAUAUUUUUAAAUAAAAUGUUUUUAGCUGUC